GCGGCGAGCACUGACGCCUUGUCCCGAUUCACUCGCUCUCCUACACUCCUACGUGCCCCACGGCAGCCCCAAUCAUUCCACGCCCCAUCCCCUCCACACUCUCCUCUGUCUUCUUCAAGUCCUCCUCUGUUUCUCCAACCCAGCAGCCAGCCGUGUAACACACGUACGUGCCCCUCCCAUCUCCAUCCCCCGGCCAUGUCCAUUGCCGCGCUCCGAUCCUUCCCCGCCGUCUACGGCGUGAAGCCAAGCCCUCGCCUGCAGGCGCCCCGAGGCCGCCCACGCCAUGCCCGGCUGAUCAGGGCCAGCAGCUCCGUGGCGGUGAACGGGGAAGUGGGACUUGGAAACAGGAGCGGAAAAGAUGACCAAGAGGAGGACGCGGUGGUGAAAGAUAAAGAGCAAGGAGGACUGGAGCCUAUGUACGACGACGGGUUCGGCGGCGUCACCGUGAAGGACUACUUCGCGGCUGCCAGGGAGCUGUCCAAGGACGACGGAGGCCCGCCGCGGUGGUUCUGCCCCGUCGAGUCCGGCCGUCCGGCGGUCCGGGACGCCCCCUUGCUGCUCUUCUUGCCAGGAACUGAUGGUGUUGGGAUGGGGCUCAUUUUGCACCACAAGUCUUUGGGCAAGGCCUUUGAAGUUCGUUGCUUGCAUAUUCCAGUAAAUGAUCGUACACCAUUUGAAGGGCUAUUACAAAUCGUCGAACAAUCUAUAAAAUAUGAGCACGAGUUGUCACCGAGCAAACCGAUAUAUAUCGUUGGAGAUUCAUUUGGUGGAUGCCUGGCGCUUGCAGUGGCAGCUCGUAAUCCACAAAUUGAUCUGGUCCUCGUACUAGUAAAUCCAGCAACAUCAUUUCCAAAGACUUCAUUGCAGCCAAUAUUACCUCUUUUGGAAGCAAUGCCAAGCGAUCUUCAUGUUACAGUGCCAUAUCUUCUCAGUUUUGUCAUGGCUGACCCUAUCAAGAUGGCUAUGGUUAGCAUUGAGAAUAACCUUUCUCCCCCAGAAACUCUUCAGAAACUGUCAGAUAGUCUCACUUCAUUGCUGCCUCUGCUUUCGGAAUUGGCAGAUAUCAUACCAAGGGAUGCUCUUUUGUGGAAGCUCAAGCUUCUUAAGGCAGGAGCAGCCUAUACCAACUCUCGUCUUCAUGCUGUACAAGCUGAAGUGCUGCUUCUUGCCAGUGGCAAAGACAAUCUUCUGCCGAGUGCAGAAGAGGCAGAUCGACUAUUCAAGACACUGAAAAACUGCAGAGUUCGAUACUUCAAGGACAAUGGACAUACACUACUCCUGGAGGAUGGUGUCAAUUUAUUAUCUGUCAUAAAAGGAGCAAACAUAUACCGCCGUGGCAGACAACGGGACUUUGUGACUGAUUACCUUCCCCCUACACUAAAUGAGUUCAAGAAAGCAUUUGAUGAGGACCACAAAUUGUUUCACCUUGCACUGAGCCCAGUCAUGAUGUCUACUCUGACGAAUGGAAAAGUUGUCCGUGGCCUUGCUGGUAUACCUGACCAAGGUCCUGUACUGUUUGUGGGGUACCAUGCGCUCAUGGGGAUCGAGUUGAGCCCGUUGUAUGAAGAGUUCUUGAGGGAGAAGAACACGGUUGUUCGUGGCAUGGCUCAUCCGAUGUUAUUUGGAUCAAAUUUUGAGACCUCACGCCAGGAGUCGUCUCGGUUUGAUACAGUUUCUAUGUAUGGUGGAUUACCGGUCACACCAAUCAAUAUGUACAGGUUAUUUGAGAGAAAUCAAUAUGUUCUCCUCUAUCCUGGUGGUGUUCGGGAAGCUCUACAUAGGAAGGGUGAAGAAUACAAGUUGUUUUGGCCGGAUCAACCGGAAUUUGUAAGGAUGGCAGCAAGGUUUGGCGUUACUGUCAUUCCAUUUGGGUUUGUUGGAGAAGAUGAUGUUUUAGAGAUGGUUCUGGAUUACAAUGAUCAAAAGAACAUCCCGUUCGUUCGGGAGUGGAUAGAAUCAAUCAACAAAGAAACACUAAGAGUGAGGGAUAGCGUCAAAGGAGAGGAAGGGAAUCAGGAUGUGUACAUUCCUGCUCUUGUUCCCAAAGUACCUGGCCGGUUCUACUACCUGUUUGGCAAACCAAUCGAAAUGAAAGGGAUGAACAAUGUUCUGAGAGAUAGGGAGAGUGCAAACGAAGUGUAUUUACAUAUCAAAACUGAAGUCGAGAACGCAAUGUCAUACCUGAAGAGGAAGAGGGAGGAAGAUCCUUACAGGAGUAUAGCACAGCGAACUCUGUAUCAGGCAUCUUGGGGUGUCUCUGCUCAAGUCCCAACUUUUGAACCAUGAAGAUGUGCAGUUAGAUAACUCUGAAGGUGUGAUUGCAUAUUACUACCUCCGAUUCUAAAUUGUUGCGAAAUAUUACAUGUAUCUAGACACUUUUUAUGAAUAGACACAUCUAUAUUUGGGCAAAUUUGAGACAAUAAUUUAGGAUCGGAGGGAGUAGCAAUCUGGCAUAAGCAGAGAUAGAAGAUGGACGGCUAGCCGGAUAUUAUCUUUUUGUGGAGGAAGUUGGGCAGGUUUUCAUGCAAAAGCUCACUCUGCAACUCUCAAAUCAAUUGUCAUGCGUUCAGAAGGAAGCUCUUGAUUAUACCGCUGUAUAGUUCAGUACACAAUUCAUACAGAACAUUUUCGUAGCCAACUGAGCUACGUCAAGUCCGGCAGGCUGCAGAGAGCCUAAAGUCGACAAAUAUGUUCACUUCUGCAACCUUUUUGUUAUUAGAAAAAAAUGUUAUACCGGC